AUGUGUUUCCUUGCUCAGAAGAAUAAUGGUCUGGUGGAUGUGUAUUUCAAACAUGGGGUGUCAUCUCCAUAUUAUUUAGAAGAUCAGCAGAAAAAGACGGGCAUGGACAAUACAGGAGUGGUUCUUGCAGAAGAAGAAGGUGCUGUGCCUAAUGACAAAAAGAGGAACCUCAGCACUGAAUCCCCCCAAAACAAGCCAAUACCUGUCAACACAGCAAAGCCUCCUACUAAUCAAAAGCCAAAACCUUCUACUAAUCCACAGCCGAAGCCUCGCACUAAUCAAAAGGCAAAACCCCCCACUAAUCCACAACUGAAGCCUCCCACUAAUCAAAAGCCAAAACCUCCCACUAAUCCACAGCCGAAGCCUCCUACCAAUCAAAAUCCAAAACCUCCUACUAAUUCAAGGCCUUGUACGAGGAGUGUUGCUAAGGGUAAGGCAGUGUUGCAAGCACGACAAGAGGGAGGUGAUGCACUAUCCUCUGAUUCAUAUGAUAGUGACGAAGAUAGUUUGUAUAAGCCAAGGGCCGAAGAAAGUUCUUCUGAUGAUGAUGGUUAUUAUGAUAAUGAUGUUUGUAAGGCUAAGACUGUUAAAAAAGACAUCAGAUUUAAACAUGAUCGGAAUGCUGCUGAUGACGCCAAUGUUGGUAAAGAUGCUCCAACUGACUCUAUAAACACUAAUGUCCAACCAGUUGAAGUUGAGCUUUCUCAAUCAAUUUACUCUGAAUCAGAGGAGUCUCAGCAGGCUGCUGAAGUAUGUACUAUCACUAACUCAAGACCGGAUAAGCUGCCACCAAAGAGAAAAUCAUCUAUUUCACCAACUUCUGCCAAUGCGCCAAUUAAUCCCAUGCAAGGUGCUAGCUCAGGAACAGCUACAAGACUUGGCAGUAUCCUAAAGUUCAUUCCCACUCCAGGAUUCAAGGCACCUAGGAAGAAAGAGUGA